CUGUCUGAGCGGCGGCGCCGUGGCCGGGCGGAGAGCGCGCUCGGGCACGGAGCAGUGCCGGGCGGUCCCCAGACCCCGAUCCCGACGCGGGACCCCUCCACCUGCUCGAGCGCGGGAGCGCGUUCGACUCCCACUGCGGGCUCCGAACCCGAGACCCCCGCCUUGCCGCGGCUAUGUACGACCCCGAGCGCGGAUGGAGCCUGUCCUUCUCGGGAUGCGGCUUCCUGGGCUUCUACCACAUCGGGGCGACCCGCUGCCUGAGCGAGCGCGCUCCGCACCUCGUCCAGGACGCGCGCAUGCUGUUCGGCGCCUCGGCCGGGGCGCUGCACGGAGUCGCUUUGCUCUCCGGGAUCUCGCUGGACAUCAUCACGGAGAUCCUCAUGGACAUCGCCCGAAGUGCCAGGAGCCGGAAGAUGGGCAUCUUCCACCCCGCCUUCAACUUGGGCAGGCGCCUCCGAAAUGAUCUUCAGACAUACCUCCCAGACGACAUCCACAGGCUCAUCUCUGGCAAAAUGUGCAUUUCGCUCACCAGGGUGUCCGAUGGGGAAAAUGUGCUCGUGUCUGAUUUUCAUUCCAAAGAGGAAGUUGUGGAUGCCUUGCUCUGUUCCAGCUUCAUCCCCUUCUUCUGUGGCAUAAUCCCUCCUUCCUUCAGAGGCGUGCGAUACAUGGAUGGAGGACUAAGCGACAAUGUCCCCUUCUUUGAUGCCAAAACGACCAUCACUGUGUCCCCCUUCUAUGGGGAGUAUGACAUCUGCCCUAAAGUCAAGUCCACAAACUUUCUUCACGUGGACAUGACCAAGCUCAGUCUGCGGCUCUGCUCUGAAAAUGUCUACCUCCUGAUUCGAACCCUGUUCCCUGCAGACCUCAAGGUGCUUGGCGAGAUAUGCCUUCGCGGCUACUUAGACGCCUUCAGGUUCUUGGAGGAGAACGGCAUCUGCAACAAGCCCCAUCCGGGCCUGGAUUUACCCUCGGAGGAGGCGAAGACCCUUACCUUCCCCUGGGGACACAGGAACCCGGAAUCUGGCCCAAGGGUGUCUGCGGAGGGGACGAAGCCCGAGGGAGACGAGCUGCUGGACCACCUGCGUCUCAGCAUCCUGCCCUGGGACGAGCGCAUCCUGGACAACCUAUCGCCCAGCCUCACUACAGCACUGAAUAAUGCAAUUAAAGUGAAACAUGGACAAGUGAGCAGGAUUUACGAUUUCUUACCGGUUAAGGUCAUGUCGUAUGUGAUGCUGCCUUGUACGUUCCCCAUGGAGUCUGCCAUCGCCAUGGCCCAGAGACUGGUGAUGUGGCUUCCAGACAUGCCCGAAGACAUCCGGUGGCUGCAGUGGCUCACCUGUCAUGUGUGCUCUCGAGUGAUGACGCAGCUCUUCCCCCACUCCAGAUUGCGGACGCAAGCAAACGGCCAACAGCCUUCCCUGAGGGACGUGAAGGCGCUGCUCCUGUCCCUGCUGUCCAGCAGGAGCCAGAGCUGAGGCCGCUGAGCAACUGGUCCUCCUGUCUGGCCUGGUGUUUGGGGGCUGGAGCUGCAAGGGACUCCUCCUUUCCCGCUCGCUCUCCUCAUGCAGAUGCGUUCCUGAGUCCAUCGAGGAGACAAAUCUAGGACACUCUUUCGCAGGCACUUCCCGAUCUUUCUGCAGCUACGCCCACACUGGCUUGGAUGCGCCCGGGUUUGACACACAGGGUCCUGCCUUGGUGCUGAAAUUAUGGUUUAUUGAAACCAAAGGCAAACUACUGUUUUUAGGAAAAGCUAGGAAGCUACUUUUGGUGUACGUGUUGGUCUAGAGCUUAAGGAAGCCUGCUAUUCAAGCAUCUGAGUCUGUUAGCUCACUUGGCUGGGAAAUGACACCAGGGAGCCCAUGGCGGAGGGGCCACCUCCAACUGCCGGGCAGCCUUCCCACCGCAACAUUCCGGAGCAUCCUCUGUUGUGAUGGGCUGGGGCUGUGUGGGGCUGGGGGCUGGGUGGGGGGGACUUACGGCUGGGGGUUGGGCUGCCCUUUGUGCAGUCUUGGGGUUUAGAAGGAAAAAUAACGUGACCCCAUUUCCCCAGACAGGAAGUGGUCGGUGUGGCAGGAGGGGGAGGCAGCGUUCCCCAGGGAGGGCACUGACCGUGGUGGGCCAGUAAAAGAUGCUCACUUAUUUACAUUUUGGAACACUUUUUUGACCUAGCCUAAAUAUUUGAUAGAGUUUUGUAUAAACUACGGAGAGUCUUAUUAUCUGUUGCAUUGUGCGUUAUGUGAAUCAGGGAGGUGUUAUUAAGUCUUACCAAAAAAAAAAAAAAAAAAUGCAGUGCACAGCACAGAUAGGCAUCCUGGGCUCCCAGGCCUUUACCAGCACAACAGAUGGGCUUGUGGCCUGUGCCCCUUUUUUCUUAAUAGCCCCUGCCCAUACUCCCAGAGCCUUAAUGGAGACAAGCAAGAGAUGGGCACCUACGUUCUCCCCAGGUGGGAUGCGUUGGCAAGCACAGAGUAAUGUCACUGCAGGUGAAAUGUGCUGCUUUUCUGAUUUAUGCAUUUGAGCAUAACCAAAAGACAACAGCAAUAAGCUCGAAAUCCUCAACAUUGGCAAAACAGGCUACAUCUCUCACCUGUACUGAGUCGAAGAACCAGAAGGUUCUUCUGGGAGUCGAAGAACCAGAAGGUUCCAACACAGCACUUUCUUACAAAGACAAGAUCUUGAAAAGAGGAAUGUGGUUCUCGGGGCAGCCUUCAUGCGAGCCUGUCCCUUGAGCUGCCAUGAGACUGUGGACACCUUGAGGCAGGCUCCUUGUAGGUGUACGGAGCCACUGCCCAGCACUCAGAAUCCCCACCUUGCGGCUCCUUGCUGCGUCAUUGUGUCUUGGGGACGUGGGUACGGAGGUUCCCGUUCUGAUGGCGCUCCCCUCCAAAGGGAGGCAAGAGGGGCGAGAGGCAGGCUCUCCCAGCUGCUUGGAGCCCCCAGAACAGAGCACUGCCCCUUGCUUGCUGCGCUGGUCGGGGUGGGGGGGAGGCCAGGCCUGACACCCACCGGGCCCCUCAGAGCACUCUGUCACACGUCCUCCCGAGCCCCUGGUUCUCAGGUUCCCCGAUGAGCUGUCUUUCUUUAGGAGCGCUGCAGGGCCCCGCGGCAGACAGGAGCACACUUAAGCCGUAUUUUCAGUAACCGUUGUAUUUCUGCAUAGUCCAUAUAUAGGCUAGUUCCUCUGAUUGUUCUAAGGAAGGAAUUGUGUUAACAGCUGAUAGGAUCACAUGCAGCUGCUUUUCUUGCUAUGUUUUGAACUGUUCCAGCUCCUCACAGUGAGCAUGUUUUAUGAUUGUUUUAAAAACGUGUGCUAACACAGAGGUCUCCACUCCCCACCUGUGCCUUACUGCCCCCCUAGCCCCACACCUCUCCCGCUCAGCUGAGGUUUCUGAUCAGCACGGAACAACAUUCUUUGAGUUCAAGCAAAGUUCAACCUUAUCAAGGUUGAGUUCAACCUUAUCAAGCAAAACUCCUCAUUUAUAUGGCACACUUAUGCUCUGGUGUACACUCCACAGGAAGAGUCAGGGAUGACGACCGUGUGGUCCAGCGAAUACCGGGGAGCAACGGUCUUUAUUUGGUGAACAGGUAACAAAACUUGGUGCAGAGGGUGAGCCUCGUUUUGUUUUUAAAAAAACAACAAAACAAAUUGUGGGUGUGUAUGUGUGUACAGAGGAAAGGUAGGGAACGUAUCCCCCAGGACUGACAGUGGUGGUCAUUGGCCAUUGUCCGUAACUGCAGUCCAUUUGUUGUGCUUGUAUGUGGUUUUCAAAUUUCUGUGGUCAACGUUUCUUUCAUUGGAAAAUAACUCACAAUAAAUGUGACUUUGAAACCGUU